AUGUCACCUGCAUCUUAUGAAAAUAUUGAAAAUAUUAACGCUUUAAGUGAUUUUUCGAAAGAUUACAAUUUACAAAGUAAUUUCGAUCGAUCUGAAGAGUCAAAUGUAGAAAAUUAUGAUAAUUUUAAACAAGUUUUGUCUGAAAGUCUACAGA